AUGACUAUAUCUUAUUGCUCUCAAAAGAAGAGGAAAAAUAGGGAAAGACAGAUACAAUUGGAAAACCUUAUCAGAGUCACUGAAGAAUUAAUUAUAGACAACAUUGACCCUAAUCAUAUUCUAGUAGAGAUUUUAACUGAUCUUAAGUCCGAGUUAGAGGACCUCCGGGAAAAUCAAAUGAAUGGGCUGCUAAUAAGAGCGAAGGCUCAGUGGAUCGAAAGCGGUGAAAAACCCACAAAAUACUUCUGUAACUUAGAAAAACACCAGAGUCCAACUCCUAUCAUCCUGAUGGCCUACUUCCGCAGUGGCUCAUCAUUCGUGGGAGAUAUUAUACAAGCACAUGAAGGUGUUUUCUACCUGUUUGAGCCAUUAAGAUCCCACACAACCCGGUUCAAAUUACUCAAUCAUACUUCACCACAGAGCAUAAGUAGGUUCCGAAAUAAGACAGAAUCAAUCCAAACUCACCUGAGUAGAUGUGAGCUCAAUAAGGUACCGAGUGGUAUUCUUCGUGACAUGUUUUUGAACAGGAGUAAGAAAGCAAGACAGUACAACCUGUGUAUACACGAUCACGCCAACAAAAAAUAUGAUCAUAAGAAAACAUGUCUACAGAAGUUAUUACAAAGCUGCAUGGGAUCGGAGGUCAUGUUAAUAAAGGUCAUUCGACUCUCGUUUUCAAUUCUAUUAAAGUUGUUAGAGACGAUUCCUAAGCUAAAAGUAAUAUAUCUUCAGCGGGAUCCGAGGGCAAUGGCACGAGCACGAGUGCAUUUUGGGAUGAUAAGAAAGAAAACAGAAAUCGAGGACGUGACAAACUUUUGUUAUCGACUUAAUGAUGAUGCAAAGGUUGCGGAAAAGAUUAAACAGAAAUAUCCCGAAAGAAUUAUGUCACUGUUUUACGAGGAAGUAGCAUAUCAUCCAGUUAUUGAAGCCCAAAGGAUUUACAAAUUUGCUGGUUUGAAAUUCGGAAGAAGACAAGAAGACAUCAUCACAGCUAUGACUACCACUCCAACACCAGAAAAGGAGUGUCGGAAAAUGUGUACGACCAAAGUUUCGUCUAAACAAGCUGAGGAAUGGCGGAAAACAACCCCGUUGAAAUUUGUUCAUGUUGUAGAUCAAUGCUGUAGACAGUAUUAUCAAAGAAUCGGUUACAAGGAUAUUCCAAAUCUACAUCUACUUCAAGAUCUUCAUUUCAAGCUCCGUUUUCCACAUACUUAG